AUGGAAGCUGCAGUUCAAGAAGCAGAAUUGAGUACUUUACUUAAAGAUUCCAACUACACAAUUCUUUUAAAAGAUGGAUUCUCAAUGUCUGAUCGUUUAGACGAAGUUAUGCUUGAAAUUUUGGGUUAUGAUUCAAAGCGAUUGCUGAGUGGAACAAUGAUUCAAGGUCAGGGAGUUGUGCUAACAACGAAUGGCAAUAGAUCUUUUAUGGAGGUUGGAGUUACCGAUGAGCCACAAAUAACUUUGGGCAAAAUUUAUGGUCCUAAUAGAACGCUUCUUCAUACGGUAGAAUUUGACGAGAAAGAUGGAGAUUAUGGUUACUGGAAUAUAAUGAAGAAUGGCGAGCAGUUUAUACGAGUUGAAGUGAAAAAGCUUACAAAGAUAAUGCCGUGUUUGUCGGCUUUAUUCAAAUGUUGCUUAUGCAUGAAAGGAGAUCAGGAACUAAGCUAUUAUAGCCGAGAUGGGCAAUCACAAAUUGGUCGUACAGCACCAGGAAUUUGUAGAACAGGGAAAAAUGUGAUUGUGUAUUUUCAGCCGAUAGCUUCAACAGAGGAACGAUUAGCCUUGUUGGGUACUUCAAUACUUUUUGUUAUCGAAGUGCUUUAUCCACAGUAUGCAAAAUGGGUUCGACUUGGCGAGACAUUUUAA